GUCCAGGCCUGACAGUCUGUGAGUGGAGCAGGAGGCGGCAGGCAGGUGGCCACUCCCUCACCUGUGUGCAACCCUGCUGCAGGCUAAGUCCACACUACUGUUAGUGGUGUUUGAGAUGUAAUUACACCGCCUGACCAGCAGAGGGCGCUUCAAGCUAAAGAAACAGUGCUUGUAAGCUCUGCUCUCAGCGCCGGAGGGGUUUGGCAUAUCUGUGUGGAGCAGUGACAGCUGUGAGGGAGUUCAAGUCUGGGUCAGAACAAGACCAAACCGCACCCACCAGCACCCAGCAGACCCGAGCGGUGUCAAAGGCAAGAAUCCACAACAGGUGCCGUCCAGCUCAAGUUUGCAUCCCCUCAGACAGUAGCAGAAACAGACCCUGCAGAUGAUACCCGAAGCAGAAGGCGGGACCAAAACAAACCACCUGAUUGGUUCGCUGCGUGUCACCAGCUUAUGGUUGCGAGGAGGACUGUUCUCUUAAAGGGCCAGGUAGCCUGUUGUUAUUGUAGGCUUAUGGAGUAUAUUUUAAGAUGACGUGUUGCUGCUUCCUCAAUGCCUCUUCAACCACUUAAAAUUUGCUAGAAAACAAAAAGUAAGUGAUUUCUUUUAAAGCCACAACAGCAUUAUUUCACCCUUCCAGUGUGUUGUAUUUGCAUGACACCCUGGCUGACUCUGUUCCUUUCACAUUCUGAAGGAUGGGCGGGUCCCGGGCUGCCGGGGCGGACCGCUUUGACAGAGGGAAAAAAAAAACAACCCCUUCUCUACUCAGCAAACAUCCAUGAGUGGUUGUAAUGCAAAGAGGGAUACGAGUCGCAUGAGCACGGUCCGUAGGAAACACGGUGUUAACGGGAAGCUGUCAAGAUACCACCCAUCACUACGGAAAGCGCGUUUGCUGGCGGGAGUUUACCGCUGAGGCGUCGGAUGGAUGAUGAGGAGGAAGACAUGUCACGGCCCAUCUCGCAGCUCUGGGGAACGCCCUUCAGGGACGUCAAAUACGAGGAUCGAGCCACGCACAUCACGGCCGGACAGGCCCUCGCCGCCGUCACUGCCGCCGCCGUCGUGCCCACGUCGCAGAGCCACAACAACAACAACAGCAUCGGCGUCGACCCGCUGCCUUGCACCUUGCACCGGCAGCCUCGCUUACCCUUUCACGGCAACGCUGGAUUACGCUCGCAUUUCCCCGCUCAGUUCGAGCCCAUGGAGGACCGGGGAGAGAGGCAGAUCGAGGAGGAGGAGGCAGACGACCGAGGGGAGGAGGACGACAGGAUGGCAGAGGGGCCGGAGGAGCAGGCGGGGAUGAGCGCCGAGGCGCAAAUCGGUCGCAAGCUUCGGGAGAUCGGAGACAAGUUCCACCAGGAUCACGUUGAACUGUUUAUGAGGCAUCAGAGGCAAAACCUGCCGGUCUGGAUGCGCCUUACCAUGGCCCUGUUUGGCUUUCUGUUUCAAAGAGAGGCUCUCUUCCCUCGCCUGAGAGGAGCGCAGAGAUGAAGGGACUCCUGGCUGGCUCUGGCCUCAGCCUCUUGUCUCCCCUCCACCCCCCCCUUUCCUCCUACCCAAAGGGGACAGGGGGACCAGACUCUAAGAGAUGGCACUGUAAGAUGGAACACGGGUUUGGAUUUUGUUUUCUAAUUGAAGAUGAGAUGAAGAAAACACUGGUCGCCGCUGGACGGAGACUGAUUACAGUUUUUUUUUUUUGUUACUUUAUUUUGUUUUUGUUUUUUUUUCGUCUUUCCAAGAAGGAGCCAUUGUGUUUGAAGAGAUAUUUUCGAAAUAUUUGUAAGAUUACCUAUUUUGUACAGUAAACUGCUCUUUUGAUUUGGUAUUUCAAGUCUUGAAGGACCUCCAUCAGUCCAGGGAAUGCCUUAUUCUCUCCUGCCACAGUACAACAACCCUUUGCAUCAAGGACACCAUAAAGACAGAGAUCCAUUUUGGAGAUUUGGCCACUUUUUUGGGGGGCGACAAACUGUGGACAUGGACAUUUCUGUGCUGAAGUUACUGACUUCAAAAACCCCUUGAGGACUCAAGGCACAUUUCGAAUUUGUUCUCAGAAAAAACCACAAGUCCUGUACUUUCUUUACUCUUCCACACUGGCUAUAUAGGAAAUGGUUGUCAAGUGUUGCACGCUGGUGUGGCACCAUGUUUUUACCAGCUUCCACUCAUCCAUCAGCAUCUCCACCUGCAGUACCACUCAUGCUGUUCAAGAUCAGAUCCUGUCGAGUCAAUAAACACAUGCAUACUUGAAUUUAGAGAUAGUCGAGUAACUUGAGAUUGUAAUUGUGAUUACUCUUUUGAUAUGUGAUCCUGUGUUUGUAGGAGAGCGUGCUUACUGUUUCCUAAAUCUGCAGUAAUGUUGAAACCAAAAAGCACAAAGACAAACCAAUCUCCUCUGUGGGAUGAACAUCAGGGAACUGGAAAACAAUCAGACAGCUGGAAAUCUUUGGAUGAAUUUGAUCUGUUUCCAAAGCUUUUCAGGGCUGCUUCCUCUGGCUGGAUUGACAAUCUUAACCCUUUGUUGCACGGUGAGCCGCCUGCAACGUGACAGCUUUUUUUUUUUAAAAAGGGUGAGCAAUAUUCAAGCCAGUGGAAAGUAGGAAGUCAUGUCUUAGGGAUUUGCUGCAUUUGCAAUCAAACUGACACCCAUUGAAAGGACAUUUCCCCCAAAUACACCCUCACUGAAAGACACCUCGCUAUGAGUAUUUUUGUUACAGCCACAGAGAUGAGUUUUUAAUUUCAUUUCACUCCAGGUUUAUUUAUAAAUCUCAAAACACUGCUUCAAACCUGAUGUGCUGAUACACGUUCGUAUCACCUCAAACUUUCAUUCAAGUGCUUUCUUUCACCAAACUGCCAGUGGUACAUUCUGCUUCACUUUGUACAGUUCGAAUAAGACAUUUUUUUACUUCUCACACAGACACAUUUAGCGAAAGGAGAAAGUUUAUACAUCCUUGCUUCGUGCUACGUUAGCAUUUUGCAGCAACACAGCCACUGUUUUUCUAAAUGUAAGGAACGAAGUCUCUUUUCGGACUUUAAAUAAGAUGAUAAAAAUUCCUCAUUUGAUGUAUUUUUUCAGUCUGUUGUAGAUUCAUGAUAUGAGCUUUUGAAGACACUGAUGGGUUUUUUCCUCUUUUAUGUUUUCUUCAGGGAGUAGUUAAGAACCAUAUUAGAUACCUGACGCUUUUUAUAACGAGAUGUGUUUGCUGAAAUCUGCCUUUUAGCGAGGACUGACUGAUGCAGUAGACGAUGCUGAACAAGCAAAGAUGUUUCAUUCGAUGUUUCACUCGACAUCCGAUGGAAAUGUGUUACAGAUUGUGACAAAAAAAAAAAAGAGGAGCUGAACCAAAAGUUUGUUUCCUGCAAGCACUGAACGCUGAGCCAAUUCAGACAUUUGUGACGCACUCUUCAUAUUUAACUACUCCCUGUCCUUACUGAGAACAAGUUUCAUUUUGUUUGCUUUCUUUAUUUGGAUAAUUUAUUCUAAUUUAUUUGUGUGUAUAUUUGCUCAGUGCUACUGUAUAGAUGCUAUCUCAGUGUGUACAGUCCUUUCCUUCUCAUUGUUGACGUGCAUUCAGUUGUGUGUUUGAUGCCAGUGUGUGCAGGGAGGUUGGACUAAAAGCCAUGUGCCUCGUGCAUUCCUCACACGGUCGCUGUGUGAGCCUUUUUACAAAUCACACGCAAAAAAAUAACAGACAAUCAAAUGUACAAAACGUGCCUUGUGAGUAAACAGACCUGCCUGCAUUAUCAUCGUCAUUAACACUUGGCUUAACUCUCCUGACGUCACUGGUCACAGCUCUUGUUUCACUCGGGCUCUGUGAGAUCAACAUAAAAAAAGAAAAGACAACAGUUUGAUUUCUCACAUCAGCUCACGAGGCACAGGCUCAACCUUUGACAUCUCUCAGCACCAACGGCGAAUAUCACCACGCUAAAAAUCCUUCUCACUAUCAGAGACGACUGUUUGCAAUCAAUGUGCACUGUAAAAAAAAAAAAAAAAAAAC